CUCAAUAAAUUGAUUCAGCAAUUUACUUAGCCUAGUUAUCUUCUCUCUUGAAUUGACCAAGUAAUCUGGAGGUUUGAUCAUGGCCUCACUUACUUAGCCUGGUUCUCCCCUGAACGCUUCGCAGAACACAGAUACAUGGAGAUUUUACUCUUUUUAAAUCCUGCCGCUUCUUCUUCCACUACUAAUCCUCCAUUAAUCUCCGCUAUUUUGUCUGCAGCUCGGAGUACUCGACGUUCAAGUAUCGAUCUAAUUCUCACUUUGUUUGUGACGUUUCUGGUUCCGUAAAUCGGACGAAUCGCACAGAAUAAUGGACGAAAUUGAGGCUCUGACCGAAAGUCUAGGUUUAAAAUCGUCACGGAAAGGGGCUCCAAUGGCAGCCUCAAAGGCACAGAAUUCCAGGUUCAGUGCGUCGGCAAAUUCGGAUUUGGAUUCGACUCUUAAAUCUUCAUUUUCAUCCGGAGUAGACGAUGCCGAUGUGUUGUUGGAUCGUCGGAAUAAGAGCUUUUCGAAGGAAAUCGACGAUUUCUUUCGAUCAUUUGAAACUUCUAACUCGGAGCAGAAUGCUACGAUUGGGGAAUUUUCGGACGAGGGUGGAGGUGGAGUUGCAGCAGAAGAUUGGGCCUCCUGUGAAGAGUUGAUUCCGGGCUUUGGUGGAAACUCCGGGCCCAAUAGCCGAGAGGAUGAAGAAGAAGGCAAACGUCCCUUGAAAUCUACUGCUCAUCACUCCAUAUUCAAUUCGGAGUCUUCUCCAUUGUUCUAUGAACAAAUUGGCGAGCUCCACAAUUCAUCAAACUUAGCUUCCUCUUCAUUUGGGUAUUCUCAGGCUAAUGAUGCUGACGUGGAUCGUUGGGCCUUAGGAAAGCAGGCCAAUCUUCGUGCAUUGCUCUCCACCUUACAUUGUGUAGUUGGAGAUGAAUGUGGUUGGAAGGCAGUUUCAAUGGCAGAUUUGGUAGCUUCUUCCUUAGUGAAUAAGUUUUAUAAAAAGGCAAUGUUGUGCGUUCAUCCCGAUAAGCUUCAACAGAGAGGUGCCAAGUUUCAGGGCAUGAAAGUUUUUCAUAUUCUCAAGGAAGCUCAUAGCAAGUUCAGCAGGGAGGAACUCUCGCAUAGAUAAUACCUAUUUCAAUUUCACUGAGAAUUGUAGACAA